ACAAAUUAUAAAAGAAUUUUCUGCAAAGAUCGUAUAGAUGCGUUUGAUACUUUUUUGGAAUUUAGUAGUAGUUCUUCUAAACCAAUAACUAUUAAAGAUCCUAUGAAUGCAGAAGAGUAUGUAAAUUCCAAUAACAACCUUAUUACCACUGAAGUGCUGAAUGAUGAUAAGAUAAUUGAAGCUGUAAAGAACCAUGAAUGUAUUGAACCAGAAAAUGAAAUUUCAAAUAAGCCAAUAUCUUUUGCACAAGCCUUAGAAUUUAUUGAUAAGAUCUUAUUGUUUUUUGAGCAGCAACCAGAUAGUACUUUUAAAAUUGAUAAUGCACUCAUUCAAAAUUUAGGAAAAUUAAAAAAAGAAUUGAGAUUGAAAAUAUUGCUUCACAAUGACAAGCUACCUUAG